GCCCAAGCUACGCCUCUGGCAGAAUUAAGUAGGUGUCAUUUGAGAAGCGAAUCAGUUUAGUUUGGUGAGCUACGAAGUUGGACUGUCGCCUGAGUAAGAAUCUCUAGGAAGAACUGAAUAGCAGAAGGCCUUCAGAGAGGAACCUCUCCCCUCUUCGUCAUCCUAUCAGGCACAGACCAACAUGUCGUCGGUACGAGAUAUUCCACAGACUCAGGCUGUUAACAAUGCUGCUUUGGCUGGUUCUCCCGCCUCUCAGCACAGGUUCCUCAUCCCUAGUCCAAUUCCGACCAGACGUAGUCGUACCUAUUCAGCAUCCGAAAGAGCAAAAUGUGGUCCAACUGUUCGAGGUAAAGUGAAAGAAUUCUGUCGAGAAAAGGGUCAUGGUUUUAUUCAACCUGAAGAUCCUUCAAGUGUUUCAUUGUUUGUUCAUAUUUCUGAUAUCGAGGGUGAAUAUGUUCCCAAAGAAGACGAUGAAGUGACCUACAAGGCCAUUACCAUUCCACCACGCCACGAAAAGCAUCAAGCCGUUCACGUGCAGAUUGUGCAUCUGGCCCCGGGGGUCAGCCACGAACGCUGGGACUCACCGCUAGUCACCAACUCCAAUUGUUCUCCUAGCCACGGUUCCAUUAAAGAUCUCCAUCCUGCCCAGCAUGGCCACACUGAAUGACUUUUUCCUCUCCAUACCUAACACACACAUAUAUAUAUAUAUAUAUAUAUAUAUAUAUACCUAUAUACAUAUAUAUAUACAUAUAUAUAUGAAUUUAUGUGUGUGUGUGUCUGUAUAUAUACAUAUGUACUUGUAUAUCUAAUGAUAUAUAUGUGUGUGUGUGUGUGUUUAUACACUUUUCAUGUGCAACUAAGACACUUGUGUAAUAUGCAUAUAUCCAUGUGCAUAUAUAAUACCCUAAUUAUAUAACUAAUGUGCAUGUA